AUGUACUUCUUCCUAAGCAACCUGUCCAUCCUGGAGAUUUUUUUCGUUGUCUCUGUUACCCCAAAGAUGAUGAAGAACCUGCUGUCCCAGGACAAAACCAUUUCCUUCUGUGGCUGUAUUACUCAGUGCUACUUCUAUUUCUUGUUUGGCAUCGCUGAAUUCUUCCUCAUCGCUGUCAUGUCCUUUGACCGCUAUGUUGCGGUCUGCCAGCCGCUCCGCUAUCACAUCAUUAUGAAUGACCAUGUUUGUGCUCUUCUCACCAUGGGAUGCUGGUUGGCUGGGGUUCUCCUCUCCCUAUCCCCAUCCCUUCUUCUGAUUGGGAUGCCUUUCUGUGGACCAAACCUAAUAGAUCACUUCUUCUGUGACUAUGCACCACUUAUUCAGCUGUCCUGCACUGACACACGCUUCCUUUUGGUCCUGGAGACUAUCCUUGGCAUACUAGUGCAGUUCAGCUCCUUGGCUUUCACACUUGGAUCUUACACAUACAUAAUCACUGCCAUCCUGCGCAUCCCCUCAGCCACAGGCAGACAGAAGGCUUUCUCCACCUGUGCCUCUCACUUUACCGUGGCCUCCAUUUUCUAUGGCAGUGCCAUCUUCAUGUAUUGCCUGCCCAACCAGGGACGUUCCCCUGAUGUCCAGAAGGCAGUGGCAAUGCUAACAAUAGUGGUCACACCACCCCUGAACCCUUUCAUCUACAGCCUGAGGAAUGAAAAGGUCAAGAACGCCUUGAGAGACUGUGUGAGGAAGAAAAUAUUUCCUUUUUAA